UGGCUGACAAGCGAUGACGUCUUAUUGUAGCGCCGUGGCCUAGCUCCCGGCAGCUUGUGUAGCGGGACCCAGUGUUAAGUGGUCGUCCCAACUUCAGCUAUUGGGACCGAUGGCUCAAAAACCGCUGCGCCUCUUGGCUUGUGGAGAUGUUGAAGGGAAGUUUGAUGUUUUAUUCAAUAGAGUUCGAGCAAUUCAGAAGAAAAGUGGAAACUUUGAUCUGCUGUUGUGUGUAGGAAAUUUCUUUGGCUCAACCUCAGAUGCUGAAUGGGAGGAGUAUAAGACUGGCAUCAAGAAAGCUCCUAUUCAGACAUAUGUGCUUGGUGCCAAUAAUCAAGAGACAGUAAAAUAUUUCCAAGAUGCUGAUGGGUGUGAAUUAGCUGAAAACAUUACUUACUUGGGUCGUAAAGGCAUCUUCACUGGAGGCUCGGGACUGCAGAUUGUGUACCUUAGUGGGAUAGAGUGUUUAAGUGAGCCAGUCCCUGGCUACAGUUUUGGCUCCAAAGAUGUGUCUUCCCUGAGAACAAUGCUGUGUUCAACAUCCCAGUUUAAGGGUGUUGACAUCUUGCUUACAUCCCCAUGGCCCAAGUAUGUGGGGAACUUUGGGAAUUCUUCUGGGGAAGUGGAUACCAAAAAAUGUGGCUCUGCUUUGGUCUCCAGUCUUGCAACAGUCUUGAAACCAAGAUACCAUUUUGCUGCUUUGGAAAAGUCCUAUUAUGAGAGGCUUCCAUACCGGAAUCAUGUUGUUCUGCAAGAAAAUGCACAGCAUGCCACCCGAUUCAUAGCUCUGGCAAAUGUUGGAAAUCCAGAAAAGAAAAAGUAUCUUUAUGCAUUUAGCAUUCUUCCCAUGAAACUAAUGGAUGCAGCAGAACUAGUAAAACAGCCUCCGGAUGUCACCGAAAACCCUUACAGAAAAUCUGGGAAAGAAGCAUCCAUAGGAAGUCAAAUUCCUGCCCCUGAGGAAGAAUCAGCCCCUCAAUUCUUCUUUGACUUGAAUGUAAAGCAAGGAAGGAAGCGUUCAUCCACAGGCAGAGAUAAUAAACUUUCUUCUCAUCCAAAGCAGCCUCGCAAGCCUCCACAGCCUCUAGGCCCCUGCUGGUUUUGCCUUGCCAGCCCUGAAGUGGAAAAGCAUUUGGUGGUCAAUGUUGGCACACAUUGCUACCUUGCCCUGGCCAAAGGAGGCUUAGCUGAUGACCAUGUCCUCAUCCUGCCCAUUGGGCACUACCAGUCAGUGGUAGAGCUUUCCACAGAGGUGGUGGAAGAGGUGGAGAAGUAUAAGGCCACCCUGAGGCGCUUCUUUAAGAGUCGAGGGAAACAAUGUGUUCUAUUUGAGAGGAAUUAUAAGAGCCAUCACCUCCAGCUACAGGUCAUUCCUGUGCCACUCAGCUGCUGUGCUACAGAUGACAUUAAAGAUGCCUUCAUUACCCAGGCACAAGAGCAACAGAUAGAACUGCUGGAAAUCCCAGAGCACUCCGACAUCAAACAGAUUGCACAGCCAGGAGCAGCAUAUUUUUAUGUUGAACUUGACACAGGAGAGAAGCUUUUUCACAGAAUUAAAAAGAAUUUUCCUUUGCAAUUUGGAAGAGAGGUACUGGCCAGUGAGUUCAUCCUUAAUAUUCCUGACAAAUCUGACUGGAGGCAGUGUCGGAUCAGCAAGGAAGAGGAGGAAACCCUAGCUCGACGUUUCCGAAAAGACUUUGAGCCCUUUGACUUCACUCUGGAUGACUAAGCAAAAGGAAAGACUUUAUGAACUUGACAGGAGAUUGUUGCUGUCUGCUUUUUAAAUGAAAUUUGCAGUCUCCCAUGAAGACUGCUUACUGCUUUUUUGUGCAUUCUCAUGGGACUGGCCCUGCAGUAAGAGGAUUAGGAUUUUUUUUUCUUCUUGUCAUUCUAGGAUGCAAAUUGUAUGCUAAAAGAAUUUGAAUGUCUUAUCCAGCUCUUAGAACAGCUUCUGUUUAUUUACAUUUUUGCACACUUGUUAACUACUAAAUAAAAUCCAAAUGCUUUUC